AUUGCCCAGCUCUUCCUGUACCUCGCUGUGGGGACGACAGAGUUUGCAUUACUUGGAGCGAUGGCUGUGGACCGUUAUGUGGCCAUCUGUAACCCUUUAAGAUACGACAUCAUUAUGAACAACCGCACCUGCAACUUGGUAGUAAUCGUGUCAUGGGUGUUUGGGUUCCUUUUUCAGAUUUGGCCAGUUUACGCCACAUUUCAGCUCACUUACUGCAAAUCAAAUGUUGUAGACAAUUUUUUCUGUGACCGAGGGCAAUUGCUCAAACUAUCCUGCAAUGAUACUCUUUUCACAGAGUUUAUCCUCUUCUUAAUGGCUGUUUUUGUUCUCUUUGGUUCUUUGAUCCCUACCAUUGUCUCCUACACCUACAUCAUCUCCACCAUCCUCAGGAUCCCCGCGGCCUCUGGCCGGAGGAAAGCCUUCUCCACCUGCGCCUCCCACUGCACCUGUGUCGUGAUCGGCUACGGCAGCUGCUUGUUCCUCUACAUGAGACCCAAGCAAACGCAGGCAGCCGAGUACAACAGGGCAGUGUCCCUGAUGGUUUCUGUAGUGACCCCUUUUCUGAACCCUUUCAUCUUCACCCUCCUGAAUGACAAAGUUAUAGAGGCCCUUCGGGAUGGAGUGAAACGCUGCUGUCAGUUAUUCAGAAACUAG